AUGACGGCGAUUGGUCCGGUUGACCGGAAAGCAGUGAUGAAGCUGCUUAUACCCGCAUUAAUAUGCAAUAUGCUCGCGUUCACGUCAAUUCUCCCGUUAUUUCCGACAAUUUUGAAUUAUUAUUCAAAAGAAGGACAUAGGGUGAGUAUUUCAGGACGGGAUUAGAAGAAAAAUAGAGAAUUCCAGGAUUGGUUGUAUGAUAUCAGUGUGAAAGGGCUUCAAUCUUUCCAAGAAGCUAUCGGAGUUCCGCACAGCGAGCGAUACGACAAAGUGUUUUUUGGAGGUUUAUUUAAAAUAUAAUUAAAAAGUAAAAAUUACUUUCCUUGCAGGUCUUCUCGGAUCUCUCUUCAGUGCUCUUCAGUUCAUUUCUUCACCAACUUUGGGAUCUUUGUCGGAUAUCUAUGGAAGAAGAGCUAUUAUCAGCCUGUGUUGCAUUCUAACUCUGAUCUCUUAUAUUGUGAGUCAUUAUUUGUUUCAUAGCAUCUGAGAAAAUCAGUGUUUUGUAGAAUUGGCUGAAAGCGGAUACAUUUGCUUACUUUGUGUUAGCCAGAAUCCUUGGAGGACUCAGCAAAGGAAACAUCAAUGUGGCUACUGCAAUUGUGUCAGAUGUCUAUACUCCCGAAGAUCAUCCAAAGGGAAUGGCAUUCAUCGGAAUUUCCUACUCGAUCGGUUUUCUUGUGGGACCAAUGAUUGGAGCCUACUUCUCCACCAUCGCUUCUCAGGUAACCCAAAUUGUAUUGCCACAUCUCCUUUUCACUUUUUCACAUGUUUAGGAUUCUCCAUUCGCUUUUCCUGCAAUUUUCUCGAUUGUUCUGACGGUUGUCGAGUUUGCGUUCCUAUUCUUCCUUCCGGAAACCUUGGAUCUCAAAGAGCAGGUAUGUUUCAAACUUAAAAACAAGAGUUUGACGUUUUGUUUUUCAGAAAAGCUUGGAUGACAUCACAAAAACGCGCAAAGAACUCAUCACUCCCAGUGAUCUCUUCCAAUUCUCUGCCGUCAAUGCCCCACAAGACAGUUAGUUAAAGCCAUGAACUGAAUUUACAAAAAAAAAACGUUUUAGAGAAGCGUGAGAUGCAAAAUAUCGGCUGGAUCUACUUCCUCUUCCUGUUUUUGUAUUCUGGACUCGAGUUCACUCUUCCGUUCCUGACUCAUCUCCGUUUCAACUUCGAUAGGUAAAUGCUUUCAUAUCAAUUUUUAUCAGUUGUCAACAAAAACAAAACAUUAUCAUUUUAGUAUGCAACAAGGAAAACUUUACUUAUUCACCGGACUCUUGAUGCUCCCUAUCCAAGGAAGAUAUGUGCGGAAAGCUCCCAUUGAGAAGUGAGAAUGGAUCUCGGAAUGGAACAAUACUCAGCUCAGGAUAAUCCAAUUUUCCAGACAAAAGGAAGUCGCCGAAUUUGGAAUUGCUUGCAUCAUCCCUGCGUAUUUUCUCGUCGCAAUUGCCCAAACUCCAUUGGUUCUUUAUGCGGGACUUUUCUUUUAUGCAAUUGGUAUUGAUAAAAAUAGAGCAAAAAGAGGAUGCUGACAAAACAUUGUUUGCAGCUUCUGCUACUGUUGUGACAAGUCUGACGUCACUCGUACACGUGGUACAUCCGCAGAAUGAGAAAGGUGUGCUUGCUGGAAUCUUCCGCAGUUUGGGAUGUUUGGCCAGAGCAAUUGGACCGGUCGUUUCUUCGACAUGUGAGUGUUUCAGGCAGAACUAUUACUGAAAAUGUCAUUUUUCAGUCUUCUGGCUUCUUGGCGCCACUUCCUGCUACAUCAUGGGCGCUUUCCUACUGGUCAUUCCACUCAUCCUCCUGAAACGACUCGAAAACCCAGCCGUCAAAAAGACUGUGUAA